UGUGCUAGUGUGACUGAAUCCAUUGUCAGCAGUGGUCAAGAUGUUACAAGCAGUUUUGACAAUACUGAAGUUGUAAAUUACAGUGAAGAUGGAGAUCAGAUUUCUGAUAGUGGGCCAUUGAAAAGACGGAAAAGAAGUACUAUGAAUGUGCCAGAGCCUGUUUCAUCAUUCUGUUCAUCAAAAUUGUUAGAAAAGUUAAUUGUUUUUGAAAGAGAGAAAAUAGAAUUAGCAAAUCAACUUGAAACUUUGGAGUCAAAAUUUCAGGAGAAGGAACUUCAGGAACUCCUAUAUAUUGAAGAAAGCAGUGUGGCCAAGUUGCACUGUAAGGAGCUUGAGGAUAAAUUAUUGCAAUUAGAGAAGGUUAGAAUAGAGAGGGAUACUAUUCUUGAAGAAAAAAGUUACCUUGAAUCAAAGGUUGUUGACCUGGAACAUGAAAAUACAACAUUUCGUAAUUUGCAGACAACACUAAAUACUGAACUAGCAAAGGAAAAAAUUGCAACUGAAGACAGAUUGCAGCUUGUAAAACAAAGGCUUGAAAACGUUAUUGAUGAGAAAAAUUGUACUGCAAUAGAAAAUUUAUUUCUUGAUCUUGGAAAUAAAGCAAAAGAGGUUGUAUUUUUGAAGGAGAAAAUGAGGUCACAAGAACAAACUUUACAGUUGUUAAAUGAGAAAAUACUAAUUUUAGAGAAGUCUAAAGGAGAAUAUGCAAAGAAAAUUAAUUUGUACCAUGAAGAAUUGGCUAGGGUCCGUUCUGAACUUGAAGAAUCAUGGAAACAGCAUAAUGCUACCAAAGAAGAACUAGGAGCUUGUAGGAAGCAACUUGCUGUGCUAUGCAUGCAGAAGGAGCAGUGUGAGUCUAGCAGGAGCCGACUGUUGCAGAUGAAGACGGGUCACACUGAAAUCACUCCUGUCUGUACAUCAUCACAGGAGGAAUUGCACAGUAUGUUAAAAGAACUUGAAAUUGAAGUUGAAACUCUGAAAAGUUCCCUGGAGGAUGAGAAAAAUCAUAAUGAGAAACUUACUUUGGAACUGGAAAUGGUUCAGAAGAGUGAUAGUGCAGCAGUUCAUUCGGGAGUGACAGAUGUUAACAGCAAUGCCAGUAGUGACAGUGGCAUGCUUGAAUUACAACAUAAGCUGGAACUCAUUCUCCGGAGCAACACAGAGUUGGUUGCUGAGAAAGAGUCUCUUCUUGACAAACUUAAGAAUCAACAACAGUAUGUUGGAAUGUUGCAGCGGGCUGGAGGAUAUGAGCAGGUAGAAAGUUGGAUGUCAAAUCUGGACAAGCAGCAGAGUGACUUGAUGGCUGAAUUGCGAGCAUAUCGAGAACAGCACACAAGCCUGGCAGAACUUGUGGGUUCCACAGGAGUUUUACAGGAAACAUUAUACAGGCAGAAACAUGAAUUAUUGCAAAAGUUUGAGGAGAUGAAUGUGAUCAAGAUAAUGUUGGAAAAUGAGAGAGAAGAACUGAAGAGUGCACAGCUCAAGAUACAGAUGAUGGAACAUCAAAUGCUAGAAAAAGAUAACAUUUUCCAGGAGCUAACACGCCAGAAACGCUUGUUGGAGCAGGAUCUUCAUGAGAUUGAGGACCGACUACGUGACCAAGAAGACCGACUACAGACACAGAAGUUGGCAUUGGAGGCUGAGAUACGUGACCGUGAUUUGCGUAUCCGGCACUGGCAACUGGAACUCAGGGCCAAGCAAGUUGAAGUAAGCUCUGCAAGGACUCUGGAAGGCUUUGAUCAGCAGUCAGACCAAUCCACAGUUGAGAGUGAUAACACUGGUGAACAGGAGAGGUUAGAGUUGAUGCGUUCCCAACUGGAAGAGGUGCACAAGCAAGCUGUAGCUCGCCUUAAACUUUAUUUGGAGGAGCAGUUUACUAUACGUGAGACAGAACUGCAGAAGAAUUUCAUGUCAGAAGUGCAUACACUUAAGCAGCAGCACACAGAACAGCUUAUGAGUAUACAGCAGCAGCUGGAUGCAAAGGCAAAAGAGGUGGAGGCACUCCUGAACUCUGAACUGCACAGUCAGCUUGGCAUCAGUCAAAAUCUAGUCACAAGACUGGAGGCAGAAGGAAUGGCUGCAAUAAAGGAAAAGCAAAGAAAUGAACUGGAUAAUAUGAAGAACAACUUUGAUGAGCAUCAUACUGAAAUAUACAGUGUGUUGAAACAGAAGUUUGAUAAGUUUGCUGAACAACAGAUUGCCAUAGCCUUGAAAGUUAUCCAGCAUGAACAUGAGUCAGUCCACCAACAGAGAGUUUCCAACCUCAUCAUGAAACAUACAGAAGAACUGAAAGUUUUGCAAGCAAAAUUGGAAAGUCAGAGGCAGGAGGAACUCCUGCUGCUUCGCCAGGAUUUAAAUAAAAAGCACAAUGAUGAACUGAAUGAGGUAACAAAAGGGUUAAAAUUAGAAAUUUCAUUGCUCAAACGACCACAUGAUGGCAAGUCGAGUCGAAGCAGUGUGCACCAGUUGAAACAAGAAAUGUGCAUGGAAUACACAUCAACUCUUAAGGGAUGGGUUCAAACCUGGUACAGUGAUUGUCAGGAACAACUGGAGGCUCUGAACAGGCAAAUUUAUGAGGUGUGGCAGCAAGAGGAGUCACAAUGUCAGCAGUCAGAUGCUGAUGGUCCAGGAAAAAUAUCUGUAACUCAUAUUGACAUUAGGAGGCUCCUUGAGGGCAAAGAACAACUACUUGCACAGGCAGAAGUUUUACACACAGAAGUGGCAAAGCGUCACAUGGGAGCAUUGCAUAGUCUGCAAACUCAGUUAGAUGCUGAACAUUCCAAGCUUGUAGAGAAAGUUGAACACAUGAAAAGAACUGUCCAAGAAGGAACAACAAUAGCAAGUCUACAAGAUCAGAUAAGCAAAUUGACUGCAGAGAAGGAAGAGCUCCAAGACAAACACAAACUGGCUGUGGACUUGCUAUCCCAUGAGCACAGUGUCGAAGUGGCAAAGUUGCGUGAUCUCAUAGCAAAUGUGAAAUGUGGCAGCAUUUCUGGCCUCACAGAAUUGCGUCAGGAAAUGGAGGCUAAACAUGCCAAGGAAAUGGAAGAACUACGUCAGUACUUUGAACAGAAAUGUGCCGAUGUUGAGAAACAUUAUUCGGAGGAAGUGUUUAGUCAGCAUAGCCGGAAACUUUCUGGGAGUAGCUCAGGCUUGGAAAAUGAAGAACUUGUGUCUGACAUGUACUAUACUGGGGGAGAUCACGGUCAGCGUCUGACAGCUCUCACACACAUCUGUGACUCUUACAGUGUGGAGCCAAGUUUCAAGGAUUUGGAAGAACAUUAUCGAAUAGACUUUGAAAAACGUCUUGUUGAAUAUCGAGAUCAGUUGGAGUCAGUCAAGCUGGAAAUGGAAGUUAAGUACCAGAAUGAGAUGGAAGUGUUGAGGGAGGAGUAUGAGUCAAAGGUAGAAGACCUAGUAAGGGAUUUAUCUAAUACUCAUAAAACAGAAAUCCAGAAUAUAGAAUUAAAACAUGCAAAAGAGAUCCAGAAUCUGAAAGAAAAGUUACAGUUGGAGUCUGCCAAGGAGUUGAGUAAUGUCCAUCUAGAAUGCACAAAUGAAAUACAAAAAGUUCAGAAAGAAAUGGCAGAUGAGCACAGAAAGGAACUGGGAAGAAUGAAGGACAUGUUUGAAAAAGAGUUAAAAAGGCAGAUAGAAAGUCUCACAUACAACAUGAAACAAGAGGAAGAAGACCAUGUUGCAGCCAUGCAGUCUGAACUUUUGAAUAAACAUGUUAAACAUAUUCAGAAACUUGAGGAUUCAAUUGCUGAUCAUGUUGAUAAAAUCGGAAGAACAAAUACUGAUGUGAUUCUUCAAAAGGUUAAUGUGGUACAGAAAGUUCAAAUGGAUGUAAAACAACAAUGUGAGGAAGAGUACAAGAAUAAGUUAACUGAAUUGAGAAGUCAUAUGCAAGAGAAGUAUGCCAAAGAACUGGAGGCAACUAUUGAAGCUGAAAGAAAAUUAAUGACAGAACAAUUUGAUGAACUUACAGCUAUAUUGAAGAAAAGUGCAGAAGAAGAACAGGAUAAAUUUAUGACAAAUCAGAAGGAAAUGAUGUCAGAUUUUGUAAGGCAACAUCAACAGGAUGUUCAAGCAUUGAAAAUACAACAUGAAGCAUCUAUUCAAGCAGUUCAGGAAGAAUGUCAAAGAUUAUGGGAAGUUCAAAUUCAGCAGCUGAAAGAUAAACAUAAACAAGAGAUUGGAGCUUUACAAGAGGAAAUUGCAAGGUUCAUACAAGAGAAGAAUACAUGUCGUGUUCAAGUGAUGAAUGUAGCAACAUCAGCAGUGUCUGCAGAUGAAACUUAUGGCACUGCAGACUUAGACUCCGCAGCUGCCAGAGAAAUGACAACACUGCACACUAUUCAGCACUUACAAUAUAAAAUCAAAGAUAAGGAUGCUAAGUUUGCUAGCGCCAUUGCAGAAAUGAAGGAAAUGCAUGAAAGUGAAUUGGACCAGGUGAGAGCCCUCUGUGAGAGACGACUGCAUGAUGAAGUUGAACAAGCAAAGCAUGACAUUUCUAGAUCUCUGGAAGAGCAAAUACAGGCCCUUCUGUCAAAUGACUGUAAGGAUACUCCUCGCCCAAAAGAAUUAAUUGAGCUUGAGGAGAAAUUUGCAAUUCAUUAUAAACAAGAGAUUGUUAUCCUGAAAGAACAGCAUGCUAAAGAAGUGGCACAAUUAAAGGCUGAUUAUGAAACAGAGUUGCAGUCUCUGACAAAGAAGUUCAGUGAGGACAUUGCAGUGCUGGAGGGACAGAUGGCUGCUGAAACAACAAAGCAUGAGGUACAGGAGAUGGCACUACUAACACAGAAGGUUGAAUUCGACUUUACUAACAAAACCACUUUCAUAGACAGUAUGGUACAGGAAUUGCAGUCGUUGAAGUUUCAGAUCAUUCAGUUGGAGAAGUGUAAGAUUGCAAUGCAAAUUAAGCUGGAAGGUAGCUCAGAUCAGGGAACUGAGAAUGUUAUCUCGAUCCUCCAUGCAGAUCUGGAGCAGUUGAUCAAGGAAAGAGAUAAUCUAAAGAAAAUGACUGUCACUUUGAGGUGCUUGUUGGGGGAACUGGUUGCAUAUUUUACUGUUUGUGAAGAUGAGCUGAAUAGUACUCUUAUUGGAGAAUUGCUGAGGGUUGAGCCAGAAGAAUUUAAAAAUAGCAUGGAAUUGAGAAAGAACAUAUCUGAAGUGAAUGGUCAUGCAUUUUCAUCUGUUACUGAAAGUAUGUACAAUGAAUGUGGUAAUAACACAGAAGCAAAACGUAGCAGUAAUAGCGUUAAGAAUUUAGAGACCUUCUCAUUAGAAUCCACUGUAACAAGCCCACAAGAGAAUGACAUAUCAGUGGUACAAGAUCAAGUCACUUGUGAUGAGGUCUCAAUAGCAUCACACCAUCUUGAUCAGUCUCUUGUACCUAUCAGACAAAGUAGCAGUUCAGCCCAUGUAACUCAUAGGGUUCAUUUUGCUCCUGAUGCUUCAAGUAUCAACAGCCUUAUUGAUGAAGACAACUUGUUAGAUUGCAUAGAGGGAAACAAAGAUCUGUCCAUGAAUUUCCGAUCAGAACUUGACAGCUGCUUGAAAAGAUUGAAAGCUGAAGCAAUUGCUGUCCUUGGGCUCUCAGGCACUUUGCCUAAAACUGUUCAAAUUACACGAGAUGCAGUAAUGUUGUUGGAGGAGAAGGUGAACAUUCUGACCAACCAACUGGCUAUGGAGGUAAAAGAAAAGGAUGAGCUUAUGAUGCAGCUGGAAAAUUCUCAGAGAAAGGAAAGAGAGCGUGCUGUCCUACAGGAUCAUCUGAAAAGCCUGGAAACUAUGCAGGAAGUCCUGGAGUCAGAUUUGAAAGCAGCAAGGACGCGGGUCACAGAAUUGGAAUCUGAACUUGGAAAGAUGGAGGAUGUUACAGAAGGAUUUGGUGAAAGCAUUCAACCUAGUCUUACACGAAGGCUUCACAACAUGGCUGAGUUGCAAGAUAAAGCUCGAUCUGUCCUAAGUAAGAGGACAGCUGGUGAUCACAAGUCCCCACAUCUCCAGCUGAUCGAAGAAUUGUGCCAGGAAGGUGACCGUCUGUCAGAAGAAGCUCGUAAGAAACAUGAUGAUUUAAAGCAACAGGUUGAGGCUGCAGAUAAGCAGCUGCGAGCCACACGCCUCUUCCUGGAGGAGCAGGCAGCUGAACGAGAACAGGAGAGAGAUGACUUCUUGCGGGAAAUUGCCAAGCUGCAGGAGCAGAUUCAUGAACGAGAUCAUGACCAUAAUGAACGUGAGCGCCUGACUAAAGAGGAUGCACUAGAGGGCAGUGAGCAACUCGUCAGAAUUCAGACAGUGGAGUCACUAGAAUUGCAAGUAAAAGAGGCAGCAGCUCUUCAGAAAGACUUUGAUAUCAAGAGAGAAGAAUUAGAAACAGAAUUGAAAGCUGCUGUUGACAAGAUCUGGGUGUUGCGAGAUAUAAUUGGUGAACUGGAGAGUCAGGUUGAGACAAAGACGCAACAUGAGGCUGCUGUAGAACAGCAGUUGUGUGAGCUGCAUGCUAUACUGGAACAGCAGAGUAGGACUCAUCAGGAACUGGCAGAGGAAUUGAACUCAUUGCGAUUGGAUUCUGGCAAGUCAGAAUUGACAGAGCACAUCAGCCAUCUUGAAGAACAAUUGCAGAAACAUCGGUUGCAUGUCGAGCAGUUUCAUUCAAACUCUACAGCCUUGCGGCAGAUGAAGGCACAGCUGAGGGACUUGGAGGCAGCAGUAGAUAAGAAGACCAAGGACCUUGAAUCAUAUCAUGCCACUGUGUCCAGUGCCAGCUGCAGUUCUCCUUCUGAAGAUGUUUCAAUAAGGGAACAACUGGAUGCCUUUCGAUGUGAUACUCCUGAAGAAGCACGCAACACUCAAUCUCCUGUUUGUUUGCCACUGGAUGAAUUACAUCGACUGCAAGACAAGCUUCAGCGGCACUCUAGAGCAGAGGAAGUGGCUCUCAAGCGAAUACGAGACCUAGAGAUGCAGCUUAAGGGAGUCAAGAAGAAUGAAGAAGAUGUGGUUGCAGAAAGAGAUGCCCUACAGGAAUACAUGGAAAAACAGCUUCUCAAGAUUUCAGCUCUACAGUCACGAUUGGAUGAACAGCGUCAAAAGACAGACAGCCAGAAGAAAGAAGCAAACUCAGAACUGCAGACAAAAGUCUGUGAUCAGGAGAAGGAAUUUAGCAGACUCCGUGAGACAAUAGAGACCAGGGACCAGGAGGUAAAGGAGUUGAAAACAACUCUUCAGGAAACCAGAAGAAUUAUGAUGGCACAAGAAAAGGAAUGGCAUACAAAGGCAAAUGAAGAAUUAGAAACAAUUGAGAAGCUCACAGAGACCUGCAAGAAGCUGAAGGCAGAGAAACGUGUGUUAGAGAGGAGCAGUCAGAUGGAGCGUAUGUUUGGUCCACGAGAUGAGAUGAGGUUCCACAAAUCAAACAUUACUGAAGGAUUUCUGAGUCUCGAUAGAGAUGAUGUGCUUUAUACUAGCCCACGUGAAGUUUUUUCAGGAUCAGAAGUAGAUCAUGAUAACAGCUACUUGAAAACAAUAUUGAACAAGAAGGACUCUGAAAUAAUGUCACUGAAGAACCAAUUGGCCGGUAAGCUGGAGUUGGAGCAGAAGCUGGAGUUAGAGCAGGAGCAAGGUACCAAAUUGGAGUUGGAGUUACAAAGAGUUCAGCAGAAAACAGAAGAGCUUGAAUCUUCAGUGGAGAAGGAGAAGCAAUUGGCACAGCAGAAGAUAGAAAUAGAGAAGGGAAUAAUCCAACAACUAAAGAGAGAGUUGCUUACUGUAGAGGGACAACAGGACAGUCUCAGCGCACAGCUGAUUCAUGUGCAGGAGCAGCUGAGUCUCAGGAAUGUUGAGAUGGAGGCCAUGGAGAGGAGGGUUUGUGUGCUGCAGGAAGCAGAAGUUCAGAGACAGAAAGAGAGACUGUUGGAUCAGGAGGAAAUAGAUAAAAACAGGCGGGAACUUCAGAAAGCCCAGUCUUUACAGGUUAAGUUGGUAUUAGAGAAAGAGCGAUGUGGAAAACUCGAGUUGGAGUUGCGAAGGGUACAACAGAAAGCAGAGGAGCUGGAAUCUUCAGUGGAGAAGGAGAAGCAACUGGGACAGCAGAAGAUAGAAAUAGAGAAAGGAAUAAUCCAACAGCUAAAGAGAGAGUUGCUAACUGUAGAAGGACAGCGGGACAGUCUCAGCGCACAGCUGGUUCAUGUGCAGGAGCAAGUGAGUCUUAGGAAUGUUGAAAUGGAAGCCAUGGCGAGGAAGGUUCGUGUGCUGAAGGAAACAGAUGUUCGAAGACAGAGAAAAAAACAGUUGGAUCAGGAGGAAAUUGAUAAAAAUAGGCGGGAACUUCAGAAAGCCCAGUUAUUACAGUUUGACCUGGAGCAAAAGAUAGUGAGCUUGGAGCAGGAAGUGUCCAAGCUUACACAGCAACUUCUGGAAAGCAACGAGCAGGUGGUAGGUGCAGGAUUGGAUCGGGAAACAACUGAACUGAGGCAGGAAGUGCAGAAACUAAAGCAGGAUCUAGAAAACAGCAGAGUUAGGGAACAGAGGAUAUCCAGGGAGUUAUCUUCUUCACCUGAUGUUCCAUCUCCUGUUCUGGAGAAGCUAAAGAAUGUGAAUGUGAUGCUGGAGCAACAUGUGACCGAAAAUGCAGAAGUAGCCCUUACACUCUCUCGGCUAACAGGGGAGCGCCAACGCCUUCAGGCCCGAAUUAAGGAACUGGAAGAGCAGCUCAAGACUGCACGUAGGUCACAGGUACCCGCUGAAAUGGAUUCAGUACACAUGGAAUUUGCUGCAGAGAGAACUUUAUGGGCACAGGAGAAAGCUGCACUCAAAUUGGCAUUGGCUCAAGCUGAAGCUGAUGCCAUUCAUGGUUCUAGAAUAGGUGAAGGUGCUGACAUCACUGAUAGAGUGAAACACUUGUUUGGAAAGUAUCUACGGUCAGAGAGCUAUCGUAAGGCUCUAGUGUGGCAGAAGAGGUAUCUUCUAGUUGUUCUUGGUGGGUAUCAAGAGUCAGAAGCAAUCACUGUAAGUCGCCUGGCUCACCUGUCUGGUGUACAAGAAGCCAUGCUUCACCAGCAGCAUUCUGUGUCUCAGAAAAAACCAAGGACAAGGUUUAAGACGGCAGCAAUAGUCAUGAUUGCGCUGUCCCGUAUGCGUUAUUUGGUGCAGCGGUGGCGACUCGGACGUCGGGUAGGAAGCAGUGCUGUGCUGAGUAGAGGUUGUAGUGAGAGUACACUGUCCAGUGCGCAGUCCUCGUAUCAUGGUCCAAGAAGACAUGGGUCAUCAACAUCUGUGAGCAGUUUAGGAAUUUGCAGAGCCCCAGCACAAGAGUACGAUGUUCUCAUGUCUCCACCCAGUAGAGACCGACCCAUGUUGCAGAGGUGGGAGACUGAUUUUGUACAGCACCAUGUGAGGUGAAUGUGUGGAAAUGUUUGAUUAUUACCUCUUCUCUUAUUAUUUUCUUCCUUUUUGUUAUACUCUGACUGGCCAUAUAUAGAUCGGGCAACUGGUGGUAAUAAUAAAGGGCCAAUACAUCUGUACCUCAACUGAAUAGUAGUAACAUGCAGUAGACAGCUGGAUGUACCUAUACCUUUAUUGUAAAUAAUAAUUGAGACAAACUGUUUGUAUUUUAAACUUCUAAUUUAAUUGAGAGGGCUUACCUGUUUCUAUUGAUAAUUAGAUCUCAUCUAAGAGUCUAAUUUGGAGUUACCACUGUUUACUUUUAAGGUUGACAUAAAUACCAUUUUCUCUGCACAAAAUUUGUGUGUUAACACAGCAGCAGCACUUACUGGCUUUUUUGUUUCAUUUGUCAGGGACAAGUAGGUCAGUGUGCUUGUUGAGCCCUUGUAAUAGCAUGUAAUGUUUGAGACAUAAGGAACUCAUGUCUCUGGAUUUGCAGGACAUGAAUUGAAGAGGAUUUUAUGGUAGGAGUGGUUUCGAUCAGUAAGUUGACAGGAGAAAGAUUGGGGUUUUAAAAUGUUAUAAUUGAAGCUCAAAGAGACUUUAAUGGUUCUUGCAUUUAUCUUGAAUUAGAAGGGCAACAGGUUUAUUUGGUAUUUUGGUCUGCAAUCUCUGAAGUUCAGGAUAAAAAAUGUAAUUUAUGUUGGGCAUAUACUAUGAUGUUGAAAACUAAAUUGAACAGACUCAAGACUGGGUCAGUGGUGGGCUUUUAUGUUCACAGCGUUUCAGCUUUGGGUCUUAGUACCAACUGAUACUCUUAAAAUACUUAAUGCAAACUACUCCAUUUAAAGUUGAUUGCCUAUUUUUGGCUGAGGGUUGGAAGUGUCACA